GUUUGCUUUCCACUUUUGUCUGUAAAUGACCCUGUAAGUGACCAGGCAAUAACCUUUCUAGUGGUGCUAAUUCCUGUCAAAACCUGUUGAUUUUUUGCUAAAAAAUUAAAAAAAAAAAAAAAAACUUACAAUUUUCAUCAAAAUCCAUAUUCUUUAUUUUUCAUCAGAACAACAAUAAUAAUUUACAACAAUGAACGAGAAUGAUCGUAAAAGAAUAGAUUUAUCCUACGAGAAAAUCGCAGGUGAAGUAGAUAUGAAUAUAUUAUGGGCAAAAUUGUUAGAGAACAGAAUUUUUAAUUUUGAUGACUGCAACAUCGCUGCCUGGAAAGAGAAUUUAAAUAAUUAUGACACAAAAAAGCAAAUAAUUAAUUGCAUUAAAACAAGAGGACCGUAUGCAUUUAAAAAUUUUGUAACUAGUUUGGAACAAUGUGGUUAUGACGAUUUGGCGAAAAAUUUAAGCCAAUUGAAUAUCGAUUCCAUUAUUCAAUCACAAAAAAGAAUGAGUUCCGAGGACAAUGCAACAUCGUCAACUAACUCUUCUGAUGAUGAAGAUUUUAAAGAGAAUGAUUCUUCAAUUAGCUUCAUAUAUGAGAAUGAACCACUAAAAAUUGUGGUGAAAAAAUCAAAAUCAUUUUUAGAUGUACCAAUAACAGGAAAAAAGGAUUUGGAAAAAUAUAUAAUGCGAAGUAAACCCCGUGGAUUGGUUUUGAUUGUUUGCAUCACGAAAUAUCUCUUUUUAGAUUCACGAGAAAGUGCCAAUCAUGACAGAGUUAAUUUAAGGAAGCUAUUUGAAGAAAUGGGUUUUGAUGUCACUGUUACUCCGGAAUAUUUGGAAAGAAAUGAAUUGAGAGAGAUCAUUCAAGAAUUUGCGAAGAAAAAAGAAUUUCUUAAAGUUGAUUCAUGCUUUGUAAUAUUUUCCUGCCAUGGAAAAGAGGCGGGAAAACGUUGGGAUGCUGAAAUUCAAACAAGCGAAUGUACCAUAAAUGAAUUACCAUCAAAUGAAAAGAUUUAUUGUUCAGAAAUUAUUGAACAUUUUAGUUCGAAAAAUUGUCCAUUUUUAAAAGGAAAACCAAAAGUUUUUAUUUUUCAAAUGUGCAGAGGAAAUAGACAUCAGGCUUCGGUUCCAAGAUUUUCCACAGAUGGUACACCAAAUGUACCACCUGUUUAUGAAAAUGAAGAACAAGAUAGUCUUAAUGUUGAGGAUACAUUGCACAGAAAUUAUGAAGAUACAUUAAUUGUUCAUUCUACUGUUCCUGGUCAUUAUUCAUAUAGAGACACAAUUACCGGUGCUUGGUUCAUUCAAAUUCUUUGCAAGGUAUUCAUGAGGGAGGCUUAUCAUAAACAUUUAAAGGAUCUCAUAGACAGAGUUGACCAAGAAGUAAAACUUUUGAGAACUGAAGGUAAAAUGUGUCAAACUGUUACCACGGCCAGUAUGGGAUUCAACAAGUACUGUUACUUAAAUCCUGGAUACUUUAAUGAUGCUCAAUAAUUAAAUUGAAUUUCUCUUA